GUCAAAAAUUAAUUCUGACAAUUAAGUACGCAUUUUAAAGUUUAAAAUGAGUAAUAUAAUUGAAAAAAUAGACGACAGGGAUGAAAAAGAAUUCGUUGGGACUUCGUCAGAAUUCAGUGAAAUAGCAAAUACAGCGUCAUUAAACUUAUUACCCACUAAAUCAAGAAAACAGUAUGAAAUAACUUACAAUCGUUUCAGAGAAUGGUGCUUCGACAAAAAAGUUGUAAAUUUUACAGAAAAUGUUCGUCUUGCGUAUUUUUACAAAAGAUUGCAUGAUAUUAAACCCUCAUCACUUUGGUCUGAGUACUCAAUAAUGAAAGCUUGCCUUUCUUCAAAGGAUAAUAUUAAUAUUAAAAAUUAUAAGACACUAAUGGCAUUCAUAAAGCAGAAUUCUGUAGGAUUUCGGGCAAAAAAGUCAAAAGUAUUUAACAGGGAACACAUUUACAAAUUUCUAAAAGAAGCUCCGGACUCCCAAUAUUUGAUGAAAAAAGUCGCUGCAAUAUUUGGCAUCACAUGUCGUAGAGAUGAGCUCCAAAAAUUAAGUGUGGACGACAUAGAAGAAGUAGGCUCAAUAUUAAUAGUAAAAGUGCCACGAUCAGAAACUGAUAACGAACGAAGUUUUGUAAUUAGAGGAACAACAGUCCGUGGUGCCUUCGAUCCGAUAAACGAAAUAGCGGACAUUUGCAAAAAGCACAACAUAUGGCUCCACAUCGACGCCGCAUGGGGAGGCGGCCUUAUUUUCUCACAAAAACACAGGGCGAAGCUUAACGGGAUUGAACGAGCUAAUUCUUUGGUCGUAAACCCACAUAAAUUGCUAGCUGUGCCCCAACAGUGCUCACUUUUAUUGGUCCAGAAUACUGAAAUUCUUUACAAUUGUUUUUCGCGAGGUGCAGAAUAUUUAUUUCAAAAGGAUAAACAUUAUGAUAGAAGCUAUGAUCUAGGAGACAAGUAUUUACAAUGUGGAAGAAAAUGUGAUGUUUUUAAGUUUUGGUUCAUGUGGAAAGCUAAGGGUUCAUCUGGAUUUGCGAAUCACAUCGACACUUUAAUGGAUUUAGCGGAAUAUUUCGAGGAGCAGGUGAAUACCCGGCCCGAGUUCCAGUUAGUCUCAAAGAGGCAGUACAUGAACGUUUGCUUUUGGUAUUUGCCGAGAUACUUGAGAGCUAAAACGAAUAUUUUGGAAAACAGCUCUCAACUACACAAGGUGGCGCCACAGAUACGAGCGCUGAUGAUCCAAUAUGGAUCUGUAAUGCUGGGUUACCAACCGCUGAAAGGACUUCCUAACUUCUUCAGAUUUGUGUCGCAGAAUUCUGCUUUGACGAAAAAAGAUGUAGAUUUCAUUUUAGACCAUAUAAAGGAAAUUGGUGAUGCCAUCUUCAAAUGAAUGGUUCAAUUAUUUUAAGCUUCAAAGUUCGAAGAUAUAAAAAUUAUAGGUAGUUGAUGAUUUAAAAAAUGUAAUUACUCUCAUUUGGAAAAUAUAAUUACUAUAUGAUUUA